AUGAAUGAAAGAAUACAUAAAACCGAUCAAUUACAGUCCUCUCUUUCAAUUGAAACUCUUCAAGAUAUAGUACGUAAUUAUCAACGUACUGAACAACGUCUACAAGAACUUGAACGUUAUACACGUCAUGAACGUAAAAAAGCGGAACAUCUUCUACGUGAAAAAUAUCGAACAAAACAUGAAAAACCAAAACAGGAACAACAAUUCAUAGGAUUUUUUAUUCCUUUAGAUAAUGAUAAUCAUUCACAUGAAAAAAUUAAUAAGAAGAAAAUAUUAAAAGAACAACAAAAAACUUCUACAAUUGAUACUACACAUCGAGUACGAUUUAAUAUUCCAAUUAAUUCUUCGAAUGAACAAAAUAAAAAUGAUGAUUUAGAUGAUUUAUCACGUCGAUGUGAUGAUCUUCUCUCUCGUUUAAAAACUGAUCGUAAUCAACGAACAAUACUUAAAAAUAAGGAUUGUAAUUCUUAUCUUCAAAAAUCAUCCAGUCAACAAAUUGAUCAAUCAAUCACUCUUCGACAAGUACUUACAUUUCUUCGUUCAUCAGAUCCCAAUAUCUUAAACGAAGAAAUAAAUCAAGUAUUGAAGAAAAAACAUGAACAACCAUCAACAUACAAUGAUGAAUUAGAAAAAAGUCCAAUAAGUGAAAUACAACGAAGAAACUAUCUACGAACAGAGAUUUUACGAAUACGUCUUCGACAACAUCAUUUAUUACAUAGUGGAACAAAAAUCGAUGAUUCAUUAAAAAUGAUCGAUAUAUAG